AUGAAUGGAAUUACGAAUCACUGGGACCCUGCUGGUAAUAUAUCCCCGGAUUCACCGAAAGUUAUUCCAAAUUCUGCAACAGCUCCCUCUACGACGGGGUCGUCGGUGACUAGUAGCAAUAGUUCUAAUGACAGUAAUAUCCAUGGUGGUGGGUUAUCUGGGGUUCCACAUAUUCGGGUUGGUAACGGGGGAGCGGAUGUGGAUGGUAUUGGGCAGUUUGAAGGAUCGUUACCGAGUGGUAUUGGGUUUGGUGGUGAUAAUGGUGGGAAUGCUGCGGCGGAUACGUUGUUGUCGAAUAAUAAGGGUGGCAGCGAUAAGCCAUCUCUUUUGAAUGAUGUAUUGGUUUCAGAUGCGAUGGCGAAGAAUUCGUGGCAGUUACUUUAUGCACAUAUUUACAAUUAUUUGGUUCAUAAUAAGCAUCAUGAGACGGCUAAGCGGUUUUUGAAGGAGGCAGAUGUGCCACUUUCGAAGGUAGUGCCUGAGGGUACCAUUGAUGGUAGCCAGCUGUUAUAUGCUAGAAUGCUGAUGAAUUCACCGGAGACUUUUUUGUUGGAGUGGUGGGAGUCGUUAUGGGCCUUGCAUGAGUUUGUGGAAACCCAGCCAUUGGAUAUGACUGUAACUAACAGGCCGUUCAAUGAGAGAAUAACUCCUAUAUUGCCACAGAGGCCAAUUGUUCAACAGCAACAGCCGCAAGGUAUGCCGACACAAUUACAACCACAUUCAUUUGUUGGCCACCAGCAGCAACACCAGCAUCUGCAUCAACAUCAGCACCCUCAACAACUGCAACACCCUCAGCCGCAACAAUUGCAGCCGCAGCAAUUGCAACCCCAGCAGCAUCAACAACAACAAUCUCAAAGACAAGUACAGCAAGUACAGCAACAGUCUUCCGUACCAGAACUGCAACAACAACAACAACUACUACUACUACUACAACAACAACUACAACAACAGCAACAACAGCAACAACAACAACAACAGCAACAACAACAACAACAACAACAACAACAACAACAACAACAACAAAAAAUACAAAAUCAGCGCCAGCCGCCGCAACAGCAUCAGCAGCCAAAGCAGCGAAGAUCUUUAUCAUCUCAGAAACAAGUUUCAAGCCCUCAUGUUAUGACUGCAGGCAUGUAUGGCCAGCAACAGCAAGGUUCUCUAAUGGCCCAUCCUCAACAGGCCCAAGCACCCAAUCAGGCGAUGAAUCAUCCCAAUAUGUCUGUUGUAUCACCUACUGUAUCAACUAACAGGCAUCAGAAGCCUCAGCACGCAUCAUCAGACUCGGUACAGAAGACUUCCCGGCAAUUUCCGCUUUCAGCAAAUGCUCCAAACAUGACACCAACUCCUUUCAAUUUACAGAAUUCUAUAUCAGGUGCUGGUUAUCUACCAAUGUAUUCACAAUCUGCACCAGUUUUAAUGAACAUUAAGGGACAACAAGUUCUUCCUCCUCGGCAGCAGCAGCAGAGCCCUCCAAACAAACAGGCGAAUUUAAGAUCCAAGAGCUCUGCUGGAGCUGUAGCACACGCUGCUGAUACAAUGAUGAACUACGUUCAACAGCAAUCACAGCAGAAUAUGCAAAUACAGGAAUUCCCACAACAAGUGCCAUACCAAAUGCAGCAACAGCAACAUCAGCAACAACAACAUCAUCAUCAUCAACACCAACAGCAGCAGCAACAGCAGAAUCAGCAUCAGAAUGAACAACAUCCACACCAGGCUCCACAACAACAGGCUUCACACCAACAUGCUUCUCAAAAACAGCCUCAACAACAACCACAACAACAAAAACAACAGCCUCCGCAACAACAGGUUUUACAGCAGGCUUCACAAAAACAGCCUCCGCAACAACAACCACAACAACAGCUCCAACAACAGCCUCAACAAAAACAGCAACCAUCUACCCAUCAGCAACAACAGCCAUCUGCCCAGCAGCAACAACAGCCAUCUGCCCAACAACAACAACCAUCUACCCAGCAACAACAAACAUCUACCCAGCAACAACAACAAUCAUCUCAACAACAGCCACAACAAGCUCUUAACGUUCAAGUGAGACAAAGACGGUUGAAGCGUGAUUCUCCCCAACAUAAAGUGGACUCUCCUGGCAAGAAAAAGACAUCAGCGGCCUCUAAUUCAAGUACCAAUUCUUCAACUUCAACAACCACACAAGUCAACAAGACAUCAUUGAAUAAUGUUUCUAAGCAAGAUGUGAAACGGCAAAAGAGCUCUGGAAACCAACAGGCUCAAUUGAAUUGGACCAAGUUGUUGCAACAACAGUUGCAACAGCAGCAGCAAAAACAGCAAUCUUCGCAAUCUCAGCAGUCCCAAAAACCUCAGAAACAACAGGGGCAGCAGCAGCAACAACAACAACAACAACAAAAUCAUCUUCAUCAACAACAUGAACGCCAACAUCAACAUCCUCAGCAAAUGUCGCGGCAGUCACAUAAUCCAUCUCAACAACCAUUUCACCAAUCGCAACAAUCACAGAAACCACCAAAACCGCAUCAGUUGCAACAAUCACAAAUACAUCACAUGCAGCAAAUGCAGCAAAUGCAGCAACUUGAUUUUAUGAAUCCGAUAGCUAUGGUACCACUUCCCACAAUGGUAGGAAGCAACUCAGGUAUGCAAUCGAUAGCUGAAGCCUCUUCAAACAUCACGAACACUAAUCAUCAACAGAUCCUGGGCGUUAAUUUUACCAAUAAUACUCCUAGAGACAUGGAUAGUCUAGAUCCACUGGUUUUCCAACAACAAAUGAGGUUUCCGAAUAGCUCUGCGAACAGUGUCGAUUCCACUGUAUUCAAAACUCCGAUGUAUCCACAGCUUUCUUCUCAGCAACCUCAAGCCAUUAAGAAAACUCCCCAAGAAAAAAGGCUCAGAAAGAAAAGCAGCAAUGGUGUUCUAUCCGUAUCCGGAACAACAUCGAUUAGUACCACUCCUGCGAGUAUUGAAGCUACCCCAACGUCUGCUCUGAAUGAAGUCCCAAUAUCUACCACUACUAAUGCUAAUAGCACGGCUGUUAGUAGUAGUAGUCACCAACCCUCUUCAUUAUCACAAAAUCAGAAUAUUACUAGACCUAAUGAAGAUCUGCAGAAUUUGGCUACCCCAUUGAAUAUGGAUAUGGACUUAGAUCAAUUUGAUAUUAACGUAUUCAACAACGAUUUCAUCGGUUCAUGGAAAUGA